AUGGCACAAGCCCCUAAGCUCUGGACGGAUUUGUUCAAUCCAUCGCCGACCAACACCGCCAACAUCGCCAACAUCGCCAACGCGAAGCCCGCCCUACUCGAGUAUCCCAGCGAAAUCCGACUCAAAAUCUACAAAGCACUCUUCGAGGAAGUCCAGAUCAAUCUGGUGCUCUCGUCCGACCUCAAGCUCUCUCCAGCAAUUACGAGCAGAAGCUAUGCCAGUGUUCCAUGCCACAGCAUGUUCCGAGGGUCAUUGAACGUAUUCUCUGUACUCGAUGCUUUCGGCAAGGAGUACGGUGGAAUGGCCGAUGUAAGCGAAUUCGUCAAGAUCAACGUCGACCUGAGCAUCCAAAGGCAAUAUCAGGAGCACCAGGAGCUUGCGUGCGUCACCGCCUGGAUCGGCCACUUUCCAACGCUGCAAGUUGUUCACUGUCACCUUGGUGGUACAUGGCGUCCUCCACCGAGGUCCAAUCUGAAGGCAACAGAUCUCUACAAUUCGGCAUCACUUCGUCGGGCAAAGCUAGGAAAGAUUCUGCCUGUCAACGUUGACAACACUGACAUCAUCACGAACUUUGAAGCUCUGGUCCGCUUCAUAGAGCUCUCCUCUGCAAAGCUGAGCCGCUCAUUCGGAGACAAACCAAGGACCGUUGUCGAAAUGAAACCGCAUGGAGACCUGGCUGGUGCCGGCCCUUACGACGGGACAACUCGCAUUCAUGUACGAGAGAAGCGAUUGGAGUACUUGCUGAAAGAUGAAUGGCACUACAUUCCUCAGGAGCGCUGGGCACAGUCGUGA